CCGGCCGGGCCCGUAGACUGGGCGGCGGGGGAUGAGCCGGCCGCCGCCGCCCCCAGCCCCGCCGCCCGGGGGCCCCGUGCACGCCAGCUGCUGCCGGUCCCGGCCGCGACCCCGGCCCCGGCCUCUACCCGGGGGUUCACGGCCGCGCGGGACCCUCUCCCCGCCAGUCUCGUCCAUCCACCGUCGUCCUCAGGUCAGCUCAGGAGCCCAGCCCCUGAGCCAUGCCGGGCCCCGGGCGGCCUGCAGCGAGUUCAGCCCCAGCACCCAGGUGGUCAUGAACGGCCACAGCCACAAUGGUAGCGUGGGGCGGCCGCUGGGCAGCGGGCCAGGUGUUCUGGGCCGAGACCCUCCGGACCCUGAAGCGGGCCGCCCCCCGUACCCCCCGCACAGCCCGGGCCUCCAGGUGGUGGUGGCCAAGAGCGAGCCAGCCCAGCUCUCGCCGGGCAGCCCCCGGGGGCAGCCCCAGGACCAGGAGGAGGAGGAGGAGGAGGAGGAGGACGAAGCAGGCGGGCGGAGGGGCCCUGGGAAGCCCCCGACCGUGGGCCACCGCCUGGGCCACCGGAGGGCCCUCUUUGAGAAGCGGAAGCGUCUCAGCGACUACGCCCUCAUCUUUGGCAUGUUUGGCAUCGUUGUCAUGGUGACGGAGACCGAGCUGUCCUGGGGGGUGUACACCAAGGACUCCCUGUUCUCCUUCGCGCUGAAAUGCCUCAUCAGCCUGUCCACCGCCAUCCUGCUGGGCCUCGUCGUCCUCUACCACGCCCGGGAGAUCCAGCUCUUCAUGGUGGACAACGGGGCGGACGACUGGCGCAUCGCCAUGACCUGCGAGCGCGUCUUCCUCAUCUCGCUGGAGCUGGCCGUGUGUGCCAUCCACCCGGUGCCCGGCCACUACCGCUUCACGUGGACGGCGCGGCUGGCCUUCACGUACGCGCCGUCGGUGGCCGAGGCCGACGUGGACGUGCUGCUGUCCAUCCCCAUGUUCCUCCGCCUCUACCUGCUGGGCCGCGUCAUGCUGCUGCACAGCAAGAUCUUCACCGACGCCUCGAGCCGCAGCAUCGGGGCGCUCAACAAGAUCACCUUCAACACGCGCUUCGUCAUGAAGACUCUCAUGACCAUCUGCCCGGGCACCGUCCUGCUGGUCUUCAGCAUCUCGUCCUGGGUCAUCGCCGCCUGGACCGUGCGCGUCUGUGAGAGGUACCACGACAAGCAGGAAGUGACCAGCAACUUCCUGGGGGCCAUGUGGCUCAUCUCCAUCACCUUCCUCUCCAUCGGCUACGGCGACAUGGUGCCCCACACUUACUGCGGGAAGGGCGUGUGCCUGCUCACCGGCAUCAUGGGGGCCGGCUGCACGGCGCUCGUGGUGGCCGUGGUGGCCCGGAAGCUGGAGCUCACCAAGGCUGAGAAGCACGUGCAUAAUUUCAUGAUGGACACUCAGCUCACCAAGCGGGUAAAAAACGCCGCUGCUAACGUUCUCAGGGAGACGUGGCUCAUCUACAAACACACCAGGCUGGUGAAGAAGCCAGACCAAGCCCGGGUUCGGAAACACCAGCGGUCUUGCUCUGUUGUCCAGGCUGGCCUUGAACUCCUAGACUCAAGCGAUCCUCCUUCCUCAGUCUUCUGAGUAGAUGGGACUACAGGCAUGGGGCACAGCACUUGGCUACCCUGGGAGGGCUUUUUGUUUGUUUAUUUUGCUUUUUUGUUUUACUGUGGUGCUGGGGAUGGAACCCAGGGCCUCAUGAAUGCUAGACCAGUGCUCCCCAGCUGAGCUCCCCAGCCCCUCCCCGUUCUGUAAGGACGUCAGCCAUAUUGGGUUGGGGUCACCCUCAUGAGCUCAUCUUCACUAAUGACAUCUGCAAAGACCCCGUUUCCUAUUUGGUCACAUUUUAAGGUACUGGCGGUGAGGAUGCCAGCAUAAAUUUGGGGGUGAACGUGGCUCACCCUAAACAGGGCAGUUCCAGAGCAGCCAGGCACAGUAUGGCCAGCGAAAGGCCGUCUGGGUCCUGAGCAGGCCUCCUGCUUUCUCCAGGGCUCCCCAGCUCCAGCCCUGAGCUCCAGGCCUGGGGGCGUCUUUCCCCCUCUGCUUCUCUGGACUGGGGCUCCCUGGGCGUCUCUUGCUGGGGCAUACAGGGCUGGGCUCAGAUGCCCGGCGGGUGUAGGGCACCCUGGCAGGCCUGGGCCCUGGGCUGAUUCAGUACCGAGGGACAGUGGGAAGCGGUGAGCACACACAGGUCAGCUCCCCGACGGGCAGUGGUCCAGGGCCGAGGGCACAGAGACCAUGGGGCAGUCGCAGGUUCCAGUCCUGCUGGGGUGCCUGCCCGCAAGCACUGGCUUUGCCCCUUGGCCCUCGGCUUGUCCAGGACAAAGGCCAUCUGCAGGGCCAGGCCCUGACACAGGCUGGCACCCUGGAGGCCGCGUGGCCAGGACCGGGGACCCUGCUGAGGGGAGGGACAGGACAGGCACCUUCCUGAGGGGCUGGCCCUGCGCCUUCAGAGCGAGACCAGCCCCUCUGCCGCCUGGACCCAGCGUGGCCCUGGGUGAUGCAUGUGGGAGGCGGGCAGGGCCGGGCACGUGCUGCUCAGCUGUGCCGAGAUUAAAAUUGCCUCAUGGUUUUUUCCUGCUCUGCUGGU